ACAAGUCUCUCUCAAUGUCAUCAAAUCGUAAACACCAAUAGAAAAGUUAAUAUGUCUAGCACAAAAGAAAUAGUCAACAACCCAACUUCGGUUGAUGGCGUUGUCCCAUCCUCCACGGUCAAAAACACAACUCCCGUUGACGGCGUUGCCCCAUUCUCCACCGUCCGAGCUACCAUCGUCCAAUCCUCAACCGUCUACAACGAUACCCCCGCCACUCUAGACAAGGCGGAGAAGUAUAUUUCCGAGGCCGCGAGCAAGGGAGCCAAGCUGGUUUUAUUCCCGGAAGCUUUUAUCGGAGGCUAUCCUCGAGGGUUUAGGUUUGGUUUAGCGGUUGGAGUGCACAACGUAGAUGGCCGUGAUGAGUUCCGCAAAUACCAUGCUUCUGCUAUUCAAGUUCCUGGCCCUGAAGUAGAAAUAUUGGCUAAGUUGGCCGGGAAACACAAUAUGCACUUGGUAAUGGGGGCAAUAGAGAAGGAUGGGUAUACACUCUAUUGCACUGCCCUUUUCUUUAGUCCUGAAGGUCGCUUCAUGGGUAAGCACCGUAAAGUCAUGCCCACAUCUUUGGAACGUUGCAUAUGGGGUCAAGGGGACGGAUCAACCAUCCCCGUUUACGACACUCCAAUUGGCAAACUCGGUGCUGCUAUUUGCUGGGAAAAUAGGAUGCCCCUCUACAGAACUGCAUUGUAUGCCAAAGGGAUUGAGAUUUAUUGUGCACCAACUGCUGAUUAUUCGUUGGAAUGGCAAGCGUCGAUGAUUCACAUUGCCGUCGAAGGUGGAUGUUUCGUGUUGUCAGCGCACCAGUUCUGCAAGCGCGGAGAUUUCCCUGAGCAUCCUGAUUACUUGUUUAAUGACGUAGUAGACGAGAAACAUCCUGAUCCUACUGUCUCCGGAGGCGGAAGUGUCAUUAUUUCACCAUUGGGACAGGUUCUCGCUGGACCAAACUAUGAAUCAGAGGGUCUCCUCACAGCAGAUCUUGAUCUUGGAGAUAUAGCAAGAGCCAAAUUAUACUUCGAUGUGGUCGGACAUUAUGCAAAGCCGGAUGUGUUUAACUUGACCGUCAAUGAGCACCCAAAGAAACCGGUUACAUUCAUGACGAAGGCGGAGAAAGCAGAAGAUGACUCGAACAAGUAGUCGAGAUUUAUAAUUCGUCUACUAGAGUUAAUAAUGUCAGUUAUAUGAUGGAGUCAUGCUUUCGAAAUGGUCUGUUGAUUUUUAAAUUUUAUGUUAAAAGUUUGUUUAUCUUUCUCUCUUUUUUUUUUUUUUUUUUUAUGUGUGAAGUUUGUUUAUCUUUCUCUUCAACAAUGUACCAGAACUUAUUGAAAAUGCUAUAAAGAUCUAUGUUGUUUAAUAAAAACAAUAAGGCUUUGAUUUCA